UAACCGGUAAAAUUCUCUCGAAAAUACUCGAGAAGGAAUUUAACCACCAGGUUACCUGCGUGAUCAGCGGCAGUGAAGCUUUGGCUGAAUUGUCGAAAUCGAUGUUUGAUGUGGUAUUCAUGGAUAUCGAUAUGCCUGAACAAUCGGGCGUUGAAACCUCCUUGAAAAUACGUAAUACUUCCAUUGCACUUCAAGAGAACAGACAGAUACCAAUUCUUGCUUACACCACGAAUAAUUGGGACGAGGAGUUUAUGAAAGCUGGAAUGAAUGGAUAUGUCGACAAACCGGCGAAUCCGGCAAAGGUGCAAGCAGUUCUCGAAAAAGUGUCGUGUCGUUGA